UGUCCAUGUGGUAUGGGCUUGGUGCACAGGUCAGCCGAGAGGAGCUGGAUGUCCCCUUGGAUCUUCACACAGCUGCCUCCAUUGGCCAGUAUGAGGUGGUGAAGGAAUGUGUGCAGCGGUAAGAGGUCUUGGGGAGCAUCCCUUCACCUCACAUUUUAAUUAGCAUCUCAGUUCCUAUAGGCUGGAGUCUUGCAGAGAUCAAGCCCCUUAAUACAUAUGGAUUAGGCUCAUCUGAUUGUCACAGAUGUCGUUGAUGGCUCAUGUUGGACUCUUAGAAAAAAGGACUUGAUUCUGAGGAGGAAAAACAUGCUUAAAACCUAACCUUGUGGUCUAUGUUAUAAACACUAAUUUAUAGUUUACUUCAACCAGAGGAAGCAAAAAUAGGGAUGGAAAGCCAGCACUCUGACCCUUUGACUACAGGUUUGUUGUGGUUCCCCCAGCUCUUGUCCCCUCUGGCACAGAGGAGAGAGGCCGGCCUUCUGUCCUCACUGCCUACCUGCCAGCUUUACCCACCUGCAUCAGAGUGUUUAGUCUCAGAGCCUGUGUCUUAGUCUAUGUGGUCUGAAGGUUCUGUAGAAGGACUCUUCACUUCUUUGUGCUCCACCACACUUUAUACUUAGUUUGCCUUUAGUGCUCCUUUGGUACCUUGGUGAGAUGAUGUCUCCCAGACCUCUCUGUGCCUUCUCAAUUCCUGAUGAACAGAGCAAAUCCUCAUAAAGCCCUAGGUGUCUGGUUUCAAGUCAGAGUCAUCCAUCAUCCUUGGCCAGUAGAGUAUGAGAGCUCUCAGUCUAGGACUCCUUUACUUAAUGGCCUCAGAAAUGGGUAGCUAGGUAUGUAGUCAGUACAUGUCCUCAUAGGAUCACCAAGAAUCCUGCUAUUAUUCUUUGGAGUCUCAGGUUCUUACAUAUUGAGUGUCCUGUUAGAAAAAACAUAGCAGCCCAAAGAAGAGACUAGGAAGAGCUCUGUGCCGUCAUUGGAGUUUGGGGCCAGUUGAGAAGCAGGCUUGCUCAUGGAAGUCCAGGCUGGGGCUGAGGGAAAUUGGAGGUCUCAGAGAACAGGCUGAAGGGUAAGUGUUAGCUUUGCUGAGGCACUUGCCACUACUCCCUUUGUGGAGACAGUGCUGGAUGCCAAGUCAUUCUAGUGAUUUCAGAAGUAUCCACGUGUAACUCUCCAGGCAGGGAGGGCUUCAGGCCAUUCUAGAAUGGCCAGAUGGCAUAUACCAGAGGCAGCAGGAGUUGCUAGUGUGUGGGAAGUAGCUGCCUGACUUAGUAUGGAUCCCACAAGAGGUACUGAUCAUACAACAGAUUAUCACUUGUUGUCAGCUACCACUGGAGGUGAAACUAUGAAGGGCAAGGCAGGGGGCGGCACUAACUGUACCUUCUAUGGAGUAGGUGGUGGGUGUUAUUCUAGAAUGGGACUCCCAUCCCCAAGUCUGAGAGCCCCUCCCCUCUGCCUCCCUGAGUGAAAGUGCGUUUCCAUAAUUACUUACAGUGGAAAGCAGUAAGGAAAAUAGGAUACUCUGGUGACAGAUUUUUCUGUAGGGUGAGGUGGCAAAGGAGAAGUCUGACAGUGGUGUUUGUUAUCCUCAAUUCUUUUCUCUUCUCCUGGGAUAUUGGUUAUUGAUUUGGUGCCUGGUGUUUAGGGUAUCUCAGCCUCGCUUAUACUGAUAAUCUAGGCAGCUAGUCUUGUCUGUGGUGGGUCCUUUGUGCUGUAGGGUGUUUGACCAGCUACCUAGUCCUAACCUGUAUGCCAACAGCUAGCUACUCCCCAGAUAUGGUAACUGUAAGGAAUGACCAGACCUUGCCUAACUUAACUCCUAACUUGAUAUUGGUUGAUAUUGGUGUAGGUACAAAAAUGGAGAGUUGUUGGCCUUGCCAGAAGAUGGUAGGAAAGAUGAAAGUAUUAAAAUAGAGAUGGUUAUAUUAGUCACUUUUCUUUUUGUUUCUGUUUGUUUUGUUUUUUUAGAUGGGAGUCUCACUAUAUAGCCCUGUCUGGCCUGGGACUAACUUUGUAGACCAGGCUUGCCUUGAACUCCCAGAGAUCUACCUGCCUUUACCCACCAAGUGCUGCGAGUAAAAGUGUGUAUCCCCAUACCACAUAGUCCCCUUUCUUGUUCCUAGGACAAAUACUGACAAAAGCAGCUUAGGGAGGUAGAGUUUAUUUUAACUUGGUUUGAGGGUACAGUCCAUCAUGGCGGGGAGGCAUGGUGACAGAAGAGUAGGGCCGCUGGUCCCAUUGCAUCAGGGAGAGAUGAAUGUUAGUGCUCUGCUUUCUCUUUUUUAUUUAGUCUGUAAGCACAGCCCAUGGAAUGAUGCUUCUUAUAUUUAGGGUGGCUCUUCCCACGUCAAUUAACCACCCAAUCUAGAAAAUUCCUCAGACCUGCCCAGAGGUUUAUCUCUUAGUCAAUUUCAGGUCCUGUCAAGUUGACAAGUCAAGAUUAACCAUUGCAAGAGUUUAAGGCAGAGGAUGGAAACGCCCGCCUGCCUUCUCCCUCCCUGGGAAUGCCCCGGGGCAGGUGAUUACUGCUUUCUGGAAGGAGAGAGUUAGAUUUGAAUAAGAAGAAUGGUGGUGGUUGGACCCCGCUGAUGUAUGCCUCCUACAUUGGACACGAUACCAUUGUCCACCUGCUGCUCGAGGCAGGGGUGAGUGUGAAUGUGCCGACCCCGGAAGGGCAGACUCCACUGAUGCUGGCCUCCAGCUGUGGCAACGAGAGCAUCGCCUACUUUCUGCUCCAGCAAGGUGCAGAGCUUGAAAUGAAAGACAUCCAGGGCUGGACUGCACUCUUCCACUGCACCAGUGCCGGCCACCAGCAGAUGGUCAAGUUCCUCCUGGACAGUGGAGCCAAUGCCAACGUGAGGGAGCCUGUAUAUGGAUUCACUCCUUUGAUGGAAGCAGCUGCCUCUGGCCAUGAGAUAAUUGUGCAGUAUUUUCUGAAUCAUGGAGUCAAAGUAGACAUAAGAGACCACAGUGGAGCCACGGCCCGGAUGCUGGCCAGGCAGUAUGGUCACAUGAAGAUAGUGGCCUUGAUGGACACUCACUCGCCUGCACUGCCUAAGAGCCUUUACCGGAGCCCAGAAAAAUAUGAAGAUCUGAGCUCGUCAGAUGAGUCCUGGCCUGUUCCUCAGCGCCAGAGGCCCUGUCGAAAGAAGGGCCUCAGCAUCCACGAGGGCCCACGUGCCCUGGCCAGGAUCACAGCUAUUGGACUUGGAGGCAAGAUUCAGACCAACUAUGAGCAAGUUCCUCCACGGGGAUAUGUGACCUUUACCAGCAGUGAGGAGAACAUCCUGGAAGUUGAGGGCCUCUGCUACCGAGAUGUCACCUCCCCCAUUAAUGAGCGGGAUGUGGAGAGCAGCAGCAGCAGCAGCCGGGAGGAACCCACUUUCUGUGCCAGUCUCGGACCCGUGUGGAGGAGCAGCAGCAGCGACGGCCUGGCAAGAGCCCAGGGGCUCAGCAGUGAAGCCUCCAUAGAAAGCAAUGAGGAUUCUGAUCACACCCGCAGAAGCUCGGUUCGCAAACAAACCAAGAGCUAUCUGAAGAGUAAGAGUCGUUACAGCGGCAGUGAUGGUCAGUGGCCUUCCAGCACAGGGACUGCAUGCACCCCAGGAUCUGAACCCCAAGCUGAGAAGUCCUCCUACUCAGGACCUCAGGACCUUGCCACACUGCUGGAGCAGAUUGGGUGUCUGAAGUACCUGCAAGUGUUUGAGGAGCAGGAUGUGGACCUUCGUAUCUUCCUGACCCUCACUGAAAGUGACCUGAAGGAAAUCGGCAUCACGUUGUUUGGACCUAAAAGGAAGAUGACCUCUGCCAUUGCCCGCUGGCACAGUAGUGCCCGCCCUCCUAGUGAUGCACUGGAGCUGGCCUAUGCUGACCGGCUAGAGGCUGAGAUGCAGGAGCUUGCCAUCCAGCUGCACAAACCUGGUCUUUGCCUGCAGUGCUGUGAGGAGGCAGAGGCUCUCCGUGGCCAGGUGUCCCAAGAGCAGGAAUUGCGGGCUGUAGUAGAGAGCUGCCUCCUGGAGCAGGAUAGUGCCCGAAAGGACAUCCAUGCCCAGCUGCAGGAGGCCCAGACCCUGGCCAAGGAUGCUGCCCUUGUCCUGGACCAGCUGCGGGCCUGUCAGGCUGAGCUGUCAGCUCGAGUGAGGCAGGACCAGUCCCCCAGCGAAGCUACCCUGAGGCCAGCCUUUCUCUCAGCAGAUUCCAAAGGCUGGCCUAUUCCCCUGCAGGCCUUGAGUCUCCCUGAGCUGUCAGGGGCCCUGGAAGACUGUGUCCACGAGAUGGGCACUAUGCUCUGUAACACAGAGCCUGGAGAAGCUACAGACGCUGAAUGGGAAGAAAUGGCGGGAACCGUAGCCAGGAGGGAUGAUUCUGACGUUGGGUGAUGGAUCCACCCUGAAGUUACAUGUGCCAUGCAAGACAGGGCAGUGAGCAGAUGGCUGCAGCAGCCCAAGGGAUGGAAAGCCAGCCCAGGGAGCAGCUUGUGAACAGGAGGACAGGACUUCAGUCCCUGCCAGGGCAGCUUGGGCCAGCCCUGAGGCGGAAUGAAAGGCCUGGCACCCGGAGAAGUGGGUAGGCAGCUCUGGCCUAGACAGGACUGUGUGAAAAGAGUGUCCCCGCACAUGCAGGUGCCACACUGAGGUGUGUCUGGUCUUAAGGUGAGGUCUGGGGUACCUAGAAAAUGUUGUUUGUUGGAAAAUAAAAUUACUUGCAAGUUG